AUGCCAAAAUCACCUCGAUGUUUAGCAAUAAUGAAUGUUCAUAAUCGUCGUGAUCGACUAUCGACAUUACUUAAACUAAAAAAAAAUGAAAUAUGUCAAACACAAUUAUCCUGUCUAAUAGAUAUUGAUGAAAUGAUUCGAUGUGAUGAAUUAAUCAGUCCAAUUGUCAUACGAACAAAUAAUCCAACUCAAAUUGAACGUCAAAUUCAAGUAGAUACAAUUAAAGAACGUUUUAGUGGUCUAUUUAAAACUCGUAUUGAAAAAGAUUCAAUAAUAAAUUUAAUAAAUGAUGAAAGAAUUUUACAAGCACUUAUCGAUAGAGAUGGACAACGAUGGUCUGAAUUAAUUGAUCAAUUAAUAAGUGAACAAUCGAAUUUUUCAUUAAGUGAAAUUGCACAACAAUUACUUAAUACUAUUGAACGUUUGUAUACUACUGAAAGAUUAAAUAAUUUAACAACUGGUCAAUUACAACGUAAAAUUCGUUAUGCAAUGUCUCAAUUAAAACAUAUUGAUGAACAUUCAUAUUUACAAAAUAAUUUUAAAACAAUAAAAAAUAAUCGUACAAAUAUAAAUUCAAGAAAACAAACUGAAUGCAAUGGUACAAUGGAUAUGGCAGUAACAGUAAGACAAAUUGAUAAACAUCAUAAUCAUCAAUCAAUAGUAUCAUCUAAUCAUAUUUGGAAACCAUAUGUUGAUCGUUUAUUCGAUCAAGGUCAUUCAGCUGAUGAAAUUAAACGAUUAUUACAUAAAGCAGCAGAAACAACAAUGCAAUGUGAUGAUUAUCGUUUACAAGAUGUUUUUAAUUAUAUAGAUACAAAAUCAAAACAACAAAGAGCAAAAACGGCACCAUCAAAAAUUGGAUUCACUACAGCUUCAACAAAAACGAAACCUGUAACAUCUGAACAAUUCCAAUCAACUAAUUUAUUUCAAUCAAUGAAACCAAACGAAACAAUGGAUAGUAAUAAUAGAAUUAUGAGAUGUUCUUCACCUUCAAUAUCAGUAAGAAAGGUUAUGUCAAAUGACUUCUCAUCUGCUUUUAAUAACAAAGAUCAAAGAUCGACAAUCGAAGGAAUAAAAAAUAAAUCUAUUUCGUCUAAUGUUUCGUUGAACAGUAGUUUAAUUAAAUCACCUAGUAUCGAAUCAGAUAUUAUUCAAAUAGAAUCAACGGAGAAUAAAUUCAUUACUGAUUUGAAUAAGAAUGAAAAAGAACAAAAUUUACCAUUACAUUCGUCGACUGAUCAAGAACAUAUAAAUAUAAUGGUAAAUUCAAGUCCAACUACUAUGAAUAAACAUCGAUCUAUAACCAAUAUAGAAAAAAUAAUACAAAGUGAAAAAAAUAAUGAUAAGAACUCUGAUAGUGAUGAUAUUAUCAUUAUUACUGAACAAAAACCAUAUCAAAGCCAAGAAAUAAUCGACCCUACAACUUCACAAACUAAUGAAACAUCUAGUUUUCAUAAUCUAAAAACAGAUUCUUCAACUACAAGAAUUAAACCAUCAAAUAAUCUAAUUGAUAUGCCUUUGACAAAACUUGAAGAGCAAUCCAUUCAUGCAUUGCAACAUGUUCAAAAUACUCUUAAUACUAUUGACAAUACUCAUCUUCAUUCACAUUCCUUAAACAUUCCAGUUGAACAAAAUAAAUUGAUUGAUAUUAUCUUCGAAUUAAAUUUACGCAAACCAGAUAAUAUUGAAAUUUUGAUGACUAAAUGUAUCAAACUCUUAAAUAAUGAAAAAUCAACUAUUGUUGUAUCACAACUAGAAGAAGUUUAUUUUCAGAAUUUGAAUGAAGAAAUAUCUAAUACAUUUAAUCUCUUACAAGAAUAUAAAAAACCAACUAUGCCAUUUAUAAUAAACAAUGAAGAUUCUUCGUAUAAUCGACAUAUUUCAAACAUGAUUAUGAUUUCAUCGGAGAGUCAAACUUCAUUAAAAUCGAUUAAUGAGAAUAUUGAACAAAUUAUUGAAUCUAAUACAAAUCUUGAUUUAAAACAUCAAGUAAACAUAUUAGAAUAUUCAAAAAUUGCUAGUCCUAUACGAUGUCGUCCUAUACCAUAUACCGUUUCGAAUGAGAUGAGAUCAACAGAAUCUUUAAGACAAGAAUUUAUUUGUUCGACAGAACACAUUUCAUUAACAACCAAAGAAUUAAAUGAACAACUAAUCACGAAUAAAAAUGAUCUGAAUUAUAGAUCGGACAUACCUUUAAAAAUAGAAAGUGAAUUAUAUGAUGAUCAAUCUCAAAAACAAUGGCUUGAUUCUCUACUUUCAAAAAUAUCUGAUAAUAUCAGUAGAACAUCGAAUAUCUCUUCGACUUCUCCAUCUUUAUUAAUUAUUAAUCAAACAAAGAUUGAUGAUAAAGACGAACAAGAAUCUACCAUUAUGAAAUCAGUAGAUCGACAGAUAUCAUCAUUGAAUGAACAUUUGAAAUCAUCUAUAUCUAUUCAUCAACAUACAACAAAUAUGAUUGAAACAACUGAUGACAUACAGAAUAUACAAUAUGUAACAGAUAUAAUCAUAUUUAAAAAAGAAUAUGCUACGUCAAUCAUUAUUCCUAAUCAAAUCUUUUCUAUGAUCGAAGAACAAUUUCAAAUAGUUGAAACAAAAUUAUUACAAAAUAAAGUAGUAAUAUCUUCGAAACAAAUUUUGAAUUCAAAUGAUCAAUUACUAUCAUUAUCGGACGAGAAAAAUAGUGAACAUAUCAACAAAGAACUUUCAAAAUUAAAUCAUGAUUUCGAUGAUACAUUUCAAAAGUCUCCUUCUAUUAUGACCGUACAUGCAAAUUAUGUCGAUGAAGAAAAACAAUCUAUUUCAUCAAUUCUUAAUGAUGAAACAUUAUCUGUAACCGGUCAAUCUUCACCUCCUUCAAAUAUUGAUUUAUUAGAGCAAUUAGAUCAACUUCAAAUACAUGAAGAUAUUGUAUCUUCAAAACAAUUAGUGCCAGCAAAUGUAUCGAAAAGUAAAGAAAAAUUUGAAUCAUCACAAAAAUUAUUCGAUAAUGGACAAGAAGACAUAAGAUUAUCAAAAACUGACAUGAAUUAUGUUCCAGAAAUAAACACAGAAUUAUUACCAUCGAAUGAUCAAAAAAAAGAAGAAAAAACAAAAUCUAUCGUAUCAUUUCCUUCAGAUAAUAAUGAAGACGAAAGUUUAAUAAGUAAAUCUCAUACAGACACUAAAAAACCAUCGAAAUCUUCACAUGUUAAUGCACAAGUACUUGAUGAACAUACAUCUAUAAUUGCUUCAACAGUAGUUAAUCACCAGAAUGAAAUUAGUCAAUUUCAGUUACCGAUUUCAACACAAUACUUCAAAUCCAUAUCUAAUGAUACUCCUACAUCAAAUGAAGAGAAACAUUCACCAAUUGAUUCACAUAAUCAAAAUAUUGUAACAGAAACGUCAAUUCAAAAUAGUAAAGAUAAAAAAUUAUCAAAUGAAAAAAUAGAUAAUGCAAUUAUUAAUAAAUUUCACAAGUCUACUAUCCUAUCAAUGGAUCAUUAUAUUACACGACAAUCAAUAAAAUCAGUACUUUCUCCAUCAAAAACUACAAAAAUGGAACAUAUCAAAUACAAAACGAUUGCUACAUCAUUACAACCAACCUCAAUUCCUACAACUAUUAAUAAUAUAUCCAAAGAAGAUGACACGAUGGUUAAUCGUACUAGCAUUCCAUAUUUUGUUACUGAAGAGACAUCUAAAUUGAUGACAUCAUUUACAAAAACAGCAACAAAAGAUGAUAUUAAUAACGAUGAAAAAUCUAUAAGUUCUAUGUCUAGUGGACAUGAUCUUCUGAUUGAUGAUGAUGAUACAACGAAAAAAGAUCUAAGAACUAAGUUAAAUUAUAAUAAUGAUCUGUUACAAAAUAAAUCCAAUUCACCAUUACUCUCUAAUGCAUCUAUACAAGAAUCAAGCUUGUUUGACGAUACUAUUCGUACAUCAUCAUCAUCACCACCAUUAAGUAGUAAAGAAAAUUUAAUUAACAAAAAAGUAGAUGAUCAACAAACAAAGACACAGUUAACAAUUAAUAGAACUAUUUCUCUACCUAAAAUCGUCAGUGAAGAAGGUCAAAGACCACUUAUCUCGACACCUCAUUCUUUCCUAUUAUCUACUAUUAUCGAUGAUAAUAUUCACAAUGAAAUGAAACAACCGCUUGAGAAUAAAGUUCAAUCUAUACAUAAGAAUACAAAGUCUUCGAAUACAUCAUUGUCAACUGCAAUAGAUGGGGAAAAUCAAUCGGAUAAGAUGCCGACUCAACGUACUAUCAAAGAAAAAUCUUCUGCAAAUGAAAGUAUUCGUAAUAUACCUCUUGAAAACAUUACUAAAUCAGAGCAUCCGACUAGUAGAUAUGACAAAUCGAAAGAGCAUACAAAUAUACAUUCAUCAUUUCAAAUUGAACAAAAUUCUCAAAAUGAAGAUCACCCAUUGGAAAAGAUAAAAUCGUUAAAACAGGAAAGCUUAGUUAAACAAUCAUCGUUACUUUCUAAUAAACAACUAGUAAUGGAUAUGGAUAGUGAAACGAAGAAUCCACUUGAUCAAAUUCGUCCUUCAUCUCAUAGUAAACUUGUCGAUAAUAAUCAAGAUCGAUUAGAUGAUCAUAAAUUUACUAAUACUGAAAAAUAUCCUUCGUCAAUGAUCGUUACUUCAGAUACUAAGCGAAUUGAUCGAUCUUCUCCGAUAAAAACAAAGCAACGACCAAUAACUUCAACAAUUACUUCUACAUUACCAUCAUCUUUUGCUAAUGUUAAUAUGCGACAGCAAGAUAUAAAACCUUGGAUAUCGUCAUCAGAAAAUAAAAAUGACAAAUCGAUAUUAGACGAUGCAUUAGUUUUGACAUCGAAAGAAAUUCCGCGGUCAAAACCAGUCUCCUCGUCCAAUCUUGUUCAUCAAAAUAAUCGAACGUUUGACUAUCGUCAUGAAAUUGAAAAUGAAAAAUUAUCUUCACAAUCGGAAAAAAGAGUAACAGAUGAUAAUCCUUAUCACUCAAAUUCGAAACAGCAAUCAUCUAUGACUAAUACAUUAAUUCGUGAUAGUAUUCAUUCAUCAUCAAUGCCAAAACUUUUACUAAAACGAUCUUCAAUCAAACAAAAUUCUACUAUUUUACAACCGACAAAACCAAAUGCAACAUCAUCUAUUACAGAUGUUAGUACAUCUUCAAGUAAUAUAGUUGCUACUGAUCAUUUAAGAAGUACACAUUCCAUAACAAGUGAUGAUCACGAAGAAGUUAUAUCACUGAAAAAAACAAAUAAAAAAAAUAAUUCUAAAGAUGAAUUUAUAUCAAAAGUUAAUUCUACUUCUAAACAUAAUAUGUUAAGAAAAAAAACACCACAACCAUCACAAAAUCAAUCAUUGACAUCUUUCAAUCAAAAACAACCAAAUAUCAAAACAUCAAGAAAAAAAUUUACAAAUUAUAGUUUAUUAACAAAUUCAGAAUUAGCAUAUGAUACUGAACAAGGAUCUGAUGUAUGGAUGAACAGUCAUGAAGAUAUUAGUCAAAUUUUAAGUAUUAAUGAACAAGAUGAAAGAAAACCAAAAAUUCAUAAACGACAACAAAAAAAACAAAAUAAAAAUCGAAUAAUCGAUGGUUCGAAAUUUAUGCCUUUUAAUUUAAAAGCACGUGCUGAUCAUCAAGCUUAUACCAUAGAUUCAUCAAGAUUACCAAGUAUUGAGCAAUCAUGUGGUGAACAUUAUCUUAAAAAAUUAUCAAAUUAUCUUUCUCAUCGUCCAAUUAUUCGUCUUCCAGUGACACAAAUAGAAAAAUUUGAAUGUGGAACUAUUGGACCUCAUCUUCAUCCUUCGUCAAUUGCUCGUCAAUUCUUUUUUUUACCAUCAAUUCAUAAUCGUCAUCAUUUAUCAUCUCAAAUUUAUCAAACAAAUGAAUCACUUACAGAUCAAUUUUAUUCUUUUAUGUCAUCAGAAAAUAUUGAUGAUAAACAAGCAUUUGAAUCAAUACUCAAUUGGCAACCACAGCAACAACAUUCAAUAUCAAAGACUGAACAGAGUAAAUUUCAACAUGUAUAUUUGUUAGAUACAUCAACAGGCAAUACAGUUCGUGGUAGACAAUAUCCUAUCUUAACUGAUGAAAUCGAUAUGAUUGAUGAUCCAAAUACAUGCACUAUUGUUAAUAAAUGGGCUUUUGCUGAUUUAGUUAAUACUGAACGAAAAAAAUUUAUUCAAGAAUCAACAGAUAGUAUUACGAAAUCUAAAAAACGAUCAAAGCUAAAUAAUAAUAAUAAUAAUAAUAUUAAAAUAUGUUUACGAAAACGACCAUUAACACAAUUCGAACAAAAUGUAUUCAAAGAAGUUGAUAUUAUAAGUAUUGUUGAUUCACAAACAAUAUUGCUUCAUAUACCAUCAAUAACUGUUGAUAAUCAAGUAUUCAUUAAAAAUCGAAAAUUUAAAUGUGAUCAAACAUUUGAUGAACAUUGUCAAAUAAGUACUAUUUAUCAUUCAACUCUUGCUCCAUUACUUGAUCUAGCAAUUGAUGGUAGCAAUUGUUUAUGUUUAAUUGGUGGUGGAAAAUAUUCGGGUAAAAAUUAUCUUCUUCAUUCAUUAAUUGAUUUAUUUGCAUUUGAUUUAAUUCGUCUUUUAUCAUCAUAUGAUAUCUAUAUAAAAUUACUUGGUAUAUGUCAUAAUCGAAUAAUUGAUCUUUUACAAAAUUAUUCACCAAUACGUAUUAUUAAAUCAAUGAAUUGGACAUUAAUACCAAAUGAUGUAUUUCAUUUAAAAAAUAAUGAUGAUAUUGAUUAUAUAGCAUGUCAAAUAAAAAAACGUCGUCGUUUUAUUCAUCAAUUAAUACAAAUUAAUUUUCAUGACAAAGAUCAAUCAAUAAUAAUAGGUUCAUUAAUGAUUGUUGUUUUAGCUUCAUCUCAAUAUGUUUAUACAAGAAAUUUAUGUUCACAUCGAAGAAAAUUUUUAAUUAAUUCAUUAAAUAAAACAAUUUUAUCAUUUAAAAGAGCAUUACUUGGUAUUCGACAAAAUCCAGAUCGUGUUCGAGCAGCAUUUAAUAAUGAUAUUUUAACUCGAUUAAUUCAACCAUAUGUAUUUCAUGAUCAAUCAAAUAUUUGUUAUAUUGGAACGCUUAAUCCAGGUCAUCGACAUCGUAUUGCAACGAAAUCUACAAUUGAAUUUGCUCGAAAUCUUCGUUUCUGUUUAAAACGUAUUAAUAAACAACGUCGAAAACGAGAAAAUUUAUCUCGAAUGAACACAAAUAAUAAUGAUAAUAUAUUUUAA